AUGCGAAAUCUCCUAACUAUAUCCAUAUUUUUGGCAAAUUCCAAGGGAAGCUGGGGAUAUAUGGGUGCAGUUAUGGGAAAAUUAACGACUUGUGAUGAUGCGAAAACAAAUUUGGAUAUUGAUUGGGAUCCCAAAGAUUUUUCCACGUUCACUUGUAUGGAAGAUAAAAAAUAUCAAGUUGAUAAGGUGGGAAAAUGUUUGUAUCGAAAAAUUAUAUUGAGAAAAAAAUUGUAGACAGUUUCUCCUGUGAUUUUUGAUAUGGUUCAACAAAAUUCAUCAUAUAAUCCAAGAUCUGACGAAGUUAUGCAUAAAUGUAUGGAUGAGAAGUUAGAAUAUGAGGACAGAAUUCCAGUUAGGUAAGUGGAACAAAAAUGAGCAGACCUAAAAGCAGCCCCAUAUAUUUUCAGAGGCGAUCAUCGUCCAAAUUGGGCUCGUUUCGGAGAAUAUCUUUAUUGUCCAGUUCAAAGAUGGCUUCAUAAUUUGGAACAUGGCUCAAUUAUUCUUCUCUAUCAUCCAUGUGCAGAUUUGGAUGAAUUAAAUAUUUUGAGAAAUUUGGUGACAUCGUGUAUUUAUCGCCACGUCAUAACACCUUAUUUGAAGUUGGAGAAAGAUAAAGUGAGUUUUGCAGCGGUCAUGUGGAUGACGUAGAGGUCUACUGUUAAUCCACGUGCCGAAGCUUGCGGUAAAUCUCCCCAGUCAAAAUAUUUUCUAGCCAUUUGCUCUUGUUGGUUGGGGUUCUCGAAUAGAAAUGAGCCACGUGGAAGAGGAAAAAGUUGUGGAAUUUUUGAAAAAAUAUGCGAGAAGAGCACCUGAAGAAAUCACUCGAGAUGGAUUAUAUGAUCAAUAUUUGGUGAAAGCUGCCAGUUUUGUUAGUGGUCCAAAGGAUGAUCAGAUUUGUCCAAAUCAUUGA